UGUGAAGUCUGCGAAGGAAAUGGAACGAAGGGAAUCGCAAGUCUGAAGCUUUGAACUCAAUGAACUGCUAAAGGCCGAAGGAAAUACAGAACGAACUACGAAGGGGACGUGCGGUCUGCGGAGUGCCGAGUGCGGAAUACCGAAGACCGGAAGAAAAAGCGGCCGACGACCGGCUCUGUCCGGCGCCACUCGCCAGUCUCCAGGCCUCCAGCCUGCCACCACCGCACCACGCAGCGACGCCCAUCCUGACCGGGAGUGACCGCCUCCAGCCUCCAGGACCACGACCGCACCAGUUCGGAAGUCCACUGUCCAGCCGCUACCCGCAGUAACCGGUGUCCGGUGCAUAGGUUAGACAUAUGAAUGGCGUGGAGAGUUUUAGAGAAAAAGGUUAUAUUUUUUUGUUUCAAGAAAACAUUGACAGUGACAUCAAAACAGACAGCAGCCUCAGUGUCCUCCAAUCUCAAUGAGGCAUUAAAUUCACUUACUCUUUUGGCUAAAUUUACAGAGGGAUAUUCCCCAAGUCCUGUGUUAUUGGCAGAAAAUGCCGCCAUCUUGUCCAAUAAGACAUUUAUAAGGACUUUUCAUGCCACUCCAAAAGCACUUGAUAGGAGAAUGGAUGAUGAAGCAUUGGGAUUGAAGGCUAAAAAGAAAGGAAAGUUCAAGAAAAGGACAAAAAGUACUUCCCCGCCUGUUGAAAAACCUUACAUACCUCCUAAACUUAAAACAACUGGCAGCUCAUCUUAUGAGAGAACAGUUGACAUAUUCGAAGGAAUGACGACUGUUGAGCUUGCCAAGCGAUGUGGAAAACCAUUAUCUGUUGUUCAGGAUAUCCUUCUGAAUGUGGGGGAGAAAAUUGAAUCAGAAUUUGAUCCUCUCAGUGUUGACGUUGCUGAGCUAGUUGCAAUGGAAGUAGGAGUGAAGGUCAGAAGGCAGCAUUCGGACGAAGGUGCUGAACUUCUACCACGUCCUCCAGUCGUCACAGUGAUGGGCCAUGUUGACCAUGGCAAAACAUCACUUUUAGAUGCUCUGAGGCAAACAUCUGUGGCAGCUAAAGAAGCCGGAGGCAUAACUCAGCAUUUGGGAGCAUUUGUUGUCAACAUGACCUCAGGGGCAUCAAUCACAUUUCUUGAUACUCCUGGCCAUGCUGCAUUCAGUGCAAUGCGAGCCAGAGGUGCAGCAGUGACAGACAUAGUUGUGUUGGUAGUGGCUGCCGAUGAUGGUGUCAUGCCUCAAACGCUUGAAGCAAUCUCUCAUGCAAAAGCAGCUGAUGUGCCGAUUGUUGUUGCAAUUAACAAAUGUGAUAAGCCUGCAGCAAACCCAGAGAGGGUGAAAGUCCAGCUUGCAUCUGAAGGGCUGCCCUUGGAAGAAAUGGGUGGAGAUGUUCAGGUUGUUGAAGUUUCUGCAGUAAAUAAAACUGGUUUGGAUAACUUAGAAGAGGCUUUGCUUCUGCAGGCCGAGUUUAUGGAUUUAAAAGCGCGUAGUGAUGGGCCUGCUCAGGCUUAUGUAGUUGAAGCAAGGCUUGACAAGGGACGGGGUCCAUUAGUUACUGCCAUCGUGAAAACAGGAACGCUGGUUUGUGGCCAGCAUGUUGUCGUAGGUGCGGAGUGGGGGAAGAUAAGGGCUAUCAGGGAUGUGGCUGGAAAAUGGGCGGAUGAGGCCAAACCAGCAAUGCCUGUCGAGAUAGAAGGGUUGAAAGGGUUACCCAUGGCUGGUGAUGAUAUUGUCGUGGUGCAUUCUGAGGAAAGGGCAAGGAUGCUUAGUGAUGGAAGGAAAAAGAAAAACGAAAGAGAUAGACUAAAUAAGCAGGUAGCUGAUAGAUCUAUGGAGGAGCAAGACGAGGAUGAUUCAGAAGAUCCAGAAGCACAGGAGGGAAACAAACAAAAGCCCAGAAGGGUGGAAAUGACAUUUAUAGUUAAAGGAGAUGUUCAAGGCACUGUUCAAGCUGUCACAGAUGCACUGAGGAGCUUGGAUAGCCCCCAGGUCAAUGUGAUGGUCAUCCAUGGUGGUGUUGGGUCCAUCUCUGAGUCUGAUGUAGAUUUGGCACAAGCUUGUGACGCAUGUAUUGUGGGCUUCAAUGUUAAAAGCCCACCUACUUCUCUAUGUCAGGAAGCAAACAGAGCUGGCAUCAAGAUAAUAUUGCAUCGCGUAAUAUAUCAUCUACUGGAGGACAUAGGGAAGUUGAUUGUUGAAAAAGCUCCGGGGACUUUGGAGACAAAGGUAGCUGGAGAAGCACAGGUGUUAGGUAUCUUUGAAACCAAAGGGAGGAGUAAAGCCAAGGGAGAUGAUGUGAAGAUUGCUGGGUGUAGGGUGACAGAUGGCCGGAUAACGAAGUCAUCAUCAAUGAGGCUCCUGAGGAGUGGUGAAGUUGUUUUCGAAGGGUGUUGUGCAUCAUUGAAGCGAGAGAAGCAGGACGUGGAGACUGUUGGGAAAGGCUCUGAAUGUGGACUAGUCAUCCGCAAUUGCUUCGACUUCCAGGUAGGUGACAUCAUCCAGUGCUUAGAGGAAGUGAACAGAAAACCGAAGUUCGUUUCAUCUGAAAGUGGAGCGGUCAGAAUCGAGUGCUAAAUUGCUAGUAUAUUGUUUUCAUUACUCGAUGCAAUACAUUCUCUGGAGCUUUUGCAAUUUUGACUAGUAGAUGAUUCCCCCCGGCAACUUAAUUUAAUCAAAACAUUUUAAAGGUACUGGUUGAAGCAUUUGUUAUCACAAUAUAGAAACACUAUAAAACAUGUUCAUAUUCAGCACUUUCCUAAUUUGUAAAAUAAGAUUAUUUGAAAUGAAAUCAUAGCAUAUUGUCAAGUAUUUAUGUAUGUUACUUUUAAGUUUUAAGUGAUGCAACUCCAUUCUAAAAUAUUCAUGUUUUUAAGAAGUGAAC